AGAUAUGUCCCAUUUCAUAUGCGGGCCAGAUAAGACAAUGACGGUUUAUAUCGUAGGCAUCCCUACGUGACCUAAUUGAGAAACAUAAGGAGGAUUCGAAAGAUGGAUCGGUCAUGGAUAAUAUGGCUUCUUGUACUUUCAACAACAUUACAGCAGAUCCUAGGUCAAGGAUCUGUAUUUCCUGCUCGAGAAUUCCGUGGUGUUUGGGUCGCGACUGUGGCAAACAUUGACUGGCCAACAUCGAAAUACCACACCACAGCUCAACAGAAACAGGAACUUGACGCGAUCAUCGAGGAGGUGCGUCAGCGUCACUUCAAUGCAAUCGUAUUCCAGAUCCGUUCAACCGGUGACGCCAUGUAUAACUCUUCACUUGAGCCCUGGAGCUACUACCUUACAGGCCAUCAGGGGCAGGCACCAAGUCCGUAUUAUGAUCCCCUGGAGUACAUGAUCCAGAAAGCCCAUGAGGUCGGAAUAGAGGUUCAUGCGUGGUUUAAUCCUUACAGAGCACGAUCCGGAAGUACCUCUCGCACAGGUCUCGCGUCCAACAAUAUGGCCAACCGGUUCCCUUCACAUGCUUACGCAUACGGGAAUAAUCUGGUAAUGGAUCCCGGGGCAAAGGAAGUUCAGGACUUUAUUGUUGACGUGUUUUCAGAUGUUGCAAGACGCUAUGAUGUAGACGGGAUGCACAUGGAUGACUAUUUUUAUCCGUAUCCAGUCAGCGGGCAAACAUUUCCAGACUCUUCAACAUAUCAUAGGUAUCAGGCCUCAAGUGGUACACUUUCCUUGGCCGAUUGGCGGCGUGAAAACGUCAACACUCUUAUUCAGCGUCUGGGCAUAGCAAUACAUUCAAUUAAACCUUACCUUAAAUUCGGUAUUAGUCCUUUUGGCAUCUGGAAAGCAGGUCAUCCGUCCGGUAUACAUGGGCUGUCUUCAUAUGACUCUCUGUUCGCUGAUUCCCAGUUAUGGUUACGUCAAGGUUGGGUGGACUAUCUUGCACCCCAGCUUUACUGGGCUAUAGACCCACCCGCCCAGAGUUACCCUGCCCUUUUACAAUGGUGGGUACAGCAGAAUGACCAACACAGACACAUUUACGCGGGAAACAGUUUAUCUAAGAUUGAGUCAAAGCACUGGGGUUCGCAGGAAAUUAUCAACCAAAUCAAAAUCUCAAGAAAUCUUCGGGCAAAUGAAAGUCUAGGUAAUAUUCAAUUCAGUAUGAGGUAUCUGCAAAGUAAUACCCAAGGUAUUUCAGAUGCAUUUCAGAGCAUAUACAUCUCUCGGACACUUACACCUGCUAUGCCAUGGCUUAGCGUUCCGACGCCGCUAACGCCAAGCAUCACCGUAACCGGAAACACACUCACUUGGGCGAAAGAUUCUUCCGGACAUACAUGGAGGGUUCUCGUGUACACUCAAACAGCUGAUGCAUUCGAGUUACACGAUCUUUUACACAAUGAACACACGUCGACACACGUCACUGACGGAGAGUAUGCCGUGACGGCGAUAGCACGUAACGGGGUGGAAUCGCAAGUUAUGUAUAUCCAAGUUGUCGGCGGAGUUAAUAGCAAUCUGGUCGGAUAAUUGUUAUUGACAUGUAUUAA